UUAUCUAGAUUGGGAGCACAUUACAGAUUGUGGUCUUCCGUUGGAACAGAACAAGACUUUGACGUUAUAAAUAUAAUUCUGCACGAAAACUAUAACUCUCCGAAUCAAUAUAGCAACGAUAUUGCCUUGCUUAGGUUAUCAAGACCAGCUGUGCUUGGAAAAGGAGUUGGCCUAGUUUGUCUCUCAGAUCCAAACUUUCAGCUUCCAUUUGAUAAUUCUAACAAGCCCUGUUGGAUCACUGGCUGGGGAAGACUUUACUACUUAGGACCACAACCAAACGCACUCAUGCAGGUUGAUUUACCACUUGUAUCCAAGCAACGCUGUCUCAGUUAUUACCCUGGAAGCAUAGACGAUUCCAUGAUAUGCAUUGGGAAAGCCCAGGGAGGUCAGGGUGCCUGCAAUGGCGAUAGCGGAGGGCCGCUUGUGUGCGAAUUUAAUGGUAAAUGGUAUCUUGAAGGAGCCACGAGCUGGGGGGGCCUUCCUUGUGCCGCCCCUUUAAAGCCAACCGUGUACGCAAACAUUCGUAACUUAAAAUCCUGGAUAAUCAACAAAAUGAAUGGAUUUGUU